AUGGCACCGAGUAUGUAUUCGAGCCUAGGCUGGAAUCUAGUGGAUACUGACUCGAUGAUAGAAAUAAAGAUUAUUGGAGACUUGCAACAGUCAAAGUUGACUAAUGCAGGAAAAGGUAAUGCGUUACUGCGAAGUUCACGCCCGCGAAUGGCGGGCUACCUGGGCUUAAGUUCGACUUCGGCUUUGGACGAUAUUAUCGACAAAGAUCCGGUUAAGACAUUGUUAAAAGACUGGGUUGGUGAGUUUCGGUUACAGGGAAAGGCUUCUACGAAAAAUCUAAACCAGAUUAUUGCCCGCUUGGAGGAUAAGCUAGAGCAUAAAGAACUGUUGAGUGUAACAAGACCGUCGACAGCUGAAAAGAAUGCAGCAACCGAACAACGUUUCUACGCUUGGACAGUUAUCCAAAUCAUAUUGCAAUCUGAAUUGGAUUGUUUUGAGGGUUCGAAGCCCUGCGAAUUCGGCGCACAAAUACAAGCAGAGGAUGUGCACAGGGCCUAUGCCCUGUGCUGUAACUAUCAAAAGUCCUAUGCUGCGACGAAGUCUACUAGACAACAGAGCAAGCCUGCGGUCCUGCCGGCCUUUAGUACGGGUCCAACGCAGGCAGACCCCGAAACUAACUCAAAGGAAAAUACGUUGGAAAAACUACUCAUUGAAUCAACCGUCCCCCAUUCCGACCUUGAUGCCAAGUUUGAAUGCGAUGAAGUCGAAGAGCUUGAAGAAAUCCGCGACGACGCGAUGGGUGAGUCAGAGAGCCAACGUCGGGUUGGCAUUCUCUUAGUCAAAAGUGCCACCAACGUUGCACCUAGACAAUUGAUGACCAACCAGACUCGGCAACUAGUUAUAUCCAACAUUAUAGGCUUGGUAAAGGCCUCCAAUGAAGAUGUGAAGGACGUGACACUAGACAUGAGCGCAUCCAUGUCGGCAGCCAUUGAAUGCAACGAAAACCGUCAAGAGACUGAUAUUGGAGACGAAGCCACCUUACGGAUCAAGACCUCCAUUGAGGUCGGCGAACAAAACAAAGCACGCAUCCGUGCCCGUUAUUUAGCUGCCGCCGAACAUCUAGGCCUGGACCCUCAAAAACCGUCAAUUGGCCAACAUCUUACUCUGCGAGCCUGGCAGGUGGAGGGCGUCUCUUGGAUGAUUAGACAAGAAGAGUCCAAAAUAAAGUCCGGCAUACUAAAUGACUCGUGCGGCUUGGGCAAAACAAUCCAAGCAUUAUCCCUGGUAUACCUAGCUGGAAUCAAGCGCACAUCGAACCACCGCCCAACAAUUAUAGUGGCCAAUAACGCCUGUCUGGAUGUUUGGACCACAGAAGUCAAAACUCGUUUUUCCGGCCUCCUUACGCUAUACAUCUUUCACGGGUCGAAUGCCAGAAGCACUACCGACACUUUCCGCAAGACCCACACCGUGGAUGACAUUUCAACAAUCCUUACAAAGCAUACCCCAGAUGACCCAAAAUCUUCUCUAGUCGUCGUAUUAACCACAUAUCAAACCUGGUAUCACCGCACCAGAACCACCGAAGAUGACACUGAACACGAAACUGAAGCCAUAGAAAGCAGCGCCAACCAAGAAUCUCCUUCUCAGGUCUGCAAAUUUCACGGUGCAUUUGCUCGAGCCAUUUGCGACGAGGGACACUACCUCAAGAACAGUUCUGCCAAGCAAAAUCAACAUUGGCGCUCCAUGUCGUAUGAGUCUGUGUGGCUUUUGACGGCCACUCCAUUUUUAAAUAAGGUUUCAGACUUGAUGGGUUACCUGCAGUUGAUUCAUCAAGAGGAGUGGGCUGUUUUCAAAUGGAACAGCUUUGAUGCCAAGGAUGAAAUCAGAUAUCAAAUUCGCAAAGUAUGCAAAAAGGAUAUUAUGGCUCGGAAAAUUGUGCCGGUUGAACUACUGGAUCCGAAUUUGUUCAAGACGCUGAUGGUGAAGGGGGAUUUGGAAUCUGUGGAUUCCCACCUGCUGGUCCCACGCAUAAUGGCGGCAAUUUCCAUUGCGCGUGGGAUGAGCACGCUGACGGUAAACAAUCAAGAUGCGAGCCUUCCGAUUAUGGCGGUUGGGUCUACUAUUCCGAAGUAUAAGAUUACUACUGUGGAAAUCGAACAUACGGAAUUUUCAAAGACGAUGCACGACUUGUACUUUGAAAGACUACUGCCUGAACUGCAUCCUGGUGUUGAGGCGAACAAGGACAGGCCUCGCAUGAACAUGCAUAUUUUUCGCAUGCUAAGCGCUAUUUGCAUUGAUCCCAAACUGUACAUCUUGGACCAUCGACUUCGCGUUACAUUGGCGAGUGAAGUCAGACGAUGGCAGAACCAGUUUGGUGAUGUAGGAGCAUCAUUCUAUUAUGCAAAUUCAACGAGGGAGACUUGUGCGGUGCCCCCGGCCUCGAGGGCCGAGAUGGCCCUCUAUUUGGCCCGAUCUGCGCCCAAACUUUGUUAUCUGGUCAAGCUGUUGACACAGAAGAAAGGCAAGAAAUGCCUAGUGUUCUUGAAGAGUCCUAUGACUCUAUGGCUUGCACUCCUGUUGCUAGACCUUUUGGAGUUCAAGGCGCUUGUUAUUCACGCUGGCAUGGAUGCCGACGAGCGUGAGCAGGCCGCUCGGAAUUUCAACGACCCAGCGCAUGACUGUCAAGUUUUGCUUACAACAUAUGCAUGCGGAGGUGUAGGCCUCAAUCUGCAUGGCGAUUGUAAUACGGUAAUCUUAGUUGAGCCCGCCUUGAACGUCAACACAAUCAUUCAAGCCAUUGGACGCCUCCAUCGUUUGGGGCAACAGCAAGAGCAAGAGGUGUUUAUUCUCUUCCUGCAGCAUUCAUGGGACCGGUUCAUCGAGCACAACUCAGCCAAAAAAAUGGUGGGUCAGAUUGUUGCGGAUAACGCAGACAUGUUCGACAAAUUCCUUGCGGAAAUUCAAGCGCGAGUAGAGCACAAAUGGAUGAGCCUACCAUCGGAACGCAACCAAUACAACGAAGCCACGGCAAAGAUUGUCAAUUCUGCAUGUAUUCGCCUCAAAUCCGAUUUUUUAAACUACGCCGCCAAUAGCAUGCUGAUGCAGAUGCUUGGCCAAAAACAUUCUCGCCUCGCCUGGCGCGAACCCAAAACACUCGGCUACCAAGACUGCAUGGAGCCAACAAAAACAUGGGAAGAAUACCUCGCCCAAACUGUGAGCCAAAUAAUAUCAGAAGUUGACGAAGAUGAUGCCGACCCUGAUAGUGAAGUGGGGACGGAAGUUGCAACUGAAGAUGAUGGAGCAGAGAUUGCAACUGAAGAUGGAGCAGAGAUUACAACUGAAGAAGCGGGUAUUGGUUGUACGGGAGACAUGGGUGUUGAACUAGAUGACAAUUCGGGUGAGGGUUUGGAGACUGCAGAGUUUGGAGAAGAUGCACGAGAUGGGAACGAAGGGGGUGUAGCUACUCCACGAGGUGAUUUGGGUGAUUUGGAUUUGGGUGAUUCAAUCCCAAACCCCGAUGCCAAAUUCACAGCAGAGUGUGGUCGAUUGGCCCAAAUGCAACAGGACUUGGAGGCAUACCUUAAGACUAUCCAAGAGCAAGAUGGUUCGGAUGAGGACAAUGGUUUGGGUGCCUCGACUGGACUGCGUGGUACCAUUGAAGUCUUGAAAGUUGCAUCUGUGUCUGAGGAUGGGGGGGCCGCCGACAGCAAGUCAGAGGGUAGCGUUUUGGGGAGUGGAGGGUCUACUCCCCGUCAGUCGAGUCGUAAGCGAAAGACCCGUUUUGGGAGUCUGGUGGGACUUACAACUCCUGUUAGCAAGCGCCAGCGAAAAUAA